AUGGUUUGUGUAUAUAUCGUUCAAUUUAUUGACGAUUAUGCAUCAUCGGUAAUGAUAUGUGUUGAAGAUGGUUGGGAUACAACUGCACAACUUGUUUCAAUAAGUGAAUUAUUACUUGAUCCAUAUUAUCGAACAUUUGAAGGUUUUCAAACAUUAAUUGAACGUGAAUCGUUUGCAUUUGGACAUAGAUUUUCACAUCGUUCAAAUCAAAUAGCAACAAAUAAAACUUGUUUUGCACCUGUUUUUCUUCAAUUUCUUGAUCUUGUUCAUCAAAUUUGGAAUCAAUAUCCAGCUGAAUUUGAAUUUAAUCAAUAUUAUCUUCGUUUUCUUGCCUAUCAUCAUUUAUCAAAUCGUUUUAAAAAUUUAAUGCUUGAUUGUGGUUGUGAACGGUUAUAUCAUUGUAAUACAAUCAAUAAAUGGGAUUAUAUAACAAAAGUUAAUCGAGAAUCAGCUAGAUUUUAUAAUUUUCUUUAUUCAUCAUCAAAUGAUAGUUGUGCUCUUCGUCCAUCAUAUAAAAUGUAUUCACUUGAUAUAUGGGAUUUUUAUUUAAUUGAAACAUUAUAA